UACUUUUCUGUAUCUGAAGUUCCUGGUGGUGUGGGCCCUCGUACUGUUGGCAGAUUUUGUCCUGGAGUUCAGAUUUGAGUAUCUGUGGCCAUUCUGGCUCUUCAUCAGGAGUGUUUACGAUUCCUUUAGAUACCAGGGUUUGGCCUUUUCAGUAUUUUUUGUUUGUGUAGCAUUCACAUCAAAUAUAAUCUGUCUGCUCUUCAUACCAAUACAAUGGCUGUUUUUUGCUGCCAGCACCUAUGUUUGGGUGCAGUAUGUCUGGCACACAGAGAGGGGUGUGUGCUUACCAACAGUAUCGCUGUGGAUACUUUUUGUUUAUAUUGAAGCAGCCAUUAGAUUUAAAGAUUUAAAAAACUUCCAUGUAGACCUUUGUCGUCCAUUUGCAGCACACUGUAUUGGCUACCCUGUUGUGACUUUGGGGUUUGGCUUUAAAAGUUACGUCAGCUACAAAAUGCGUUUAAGAAAACAAAAAGAAGUGCAGAAAGAGAAUGAGUUCUACAUGCAGCUUCUCCAGCAAGCUCUGCCCCCAGAACAGCAGAUGCUACAAAGGCAAGAGAGGGAGGCAGAGGAAGCCAAAGGAUUAUCUGAUAUGGAUUCCUCGAUACUUUUGCAGCACAAUGGAGGCAUUCCAGCCAAUAAAAAAAUAUCUGCAACGUUGCCAGAGCUAGAAUAUAGAGAAAAAGGGAAAGAAAAGGACAAGGAUGCUAAGAAACACAACCUUGGAAUCAACAACAAUAUUUUGCAACCUGUAGACUCUAAAAUACAAGAAAUUGAAUAUAUGGAAAACCAUAUCAAUAGUAAAAGAUUAAAUAAUGAUCUUGUAGGAAGUACAGAAAACCUCUUAAAAGAGGACUCAUGCACUGCCUCGUCCAAAAAUUACAAAAAUGCCAGCGGAGUUGUGAACUCCUCGCCUCGCAGUCACAGUGCAACUAAUGGGAGCAUCCCUUCCUCAUCUACUAAAAAUGAGAAAAAACAGAAGUGUGCUAGCAAGAGCCCAAGCACACAUAAGGACUUAAUGGAAAAUUGUAUUCCUAAUAACCAGCUAAGCAAACCAGAUGCACUGGUAAG